CUUGUCCCUAGGCCCGCGGGCCCUAGCGGCUGUGAGCGUCCGCGGAGCCCGCCGGCAGGAACAUGCUCUACGGCAAGUGUGUGCGGACGGUGAUGGAGUACCUGGACCGCUUCCGACCCAACACAGAUGUCCCUGAGCAGUUCUUGCUGGCCGCGUCUGCAGCACUGCAGGGGCUGCACCCCCAGAAGCAAACCUUCAUUCUGGAUGUUCUCUCGGGGUGUCUGGAGCACCAUCAAAUGCUGACCAUCGUGCUAGAUGCCUUCUACUUGCGUGAGGGCCGUUUCUACCUGCGUGCUGACUACAACCUUUUCCGGGUGAUCUGCUACCUGGCCACCUUCCAGUUGGAGGAGCUGGGCUUCCAAAGCUUCCGAGACAUCAUCAAGUCACAGCCUCUGGACAAGAUGUGUAAGUUCCUGCAGUUCUUCUUCAACCCCCUGAACCUGUGCACGUGGCUCCGGGACGAGUGGAGCCUCAUCUACACACCGGAACACGUGUCUGAGCACUGGAUUGGCAGCCUGCUGAGGUGGCAGCCCCAGGUGCAGGAGCUGAUUUGCCACCUCCAGGGGCUCCUGACCCAGCAGUCUCGCUCCCCAAGAACCAAGGCCAAGCUCACGGAGCCCCGGGAGUUCAAGCUGACGGCCCCCAGGCCCCGCACCAUUCCCAUGCCUGAGCUGGUGCCCGUCAUGGCCAAGACCAGCUCUGUCCCCAAGAGCACCCACCAGCCACCCAGAGAGCAGCAGUUGCUCAAGGUGACCAAGAGGCACAAUCGUCGGAUGGCUGAGGAGCUGCUACUAAGGGCGAAUAUGGAGGAGCCACGGUGUGCACUUCUCAGGAGUCGUGAGGAGACCCCCCUGCAGCCUAACAACAUGACCGUCAAGCUGAACACAGCAGCCAUCCUGCGCGAAGGGUCCUUGUACCAGCGGCAGGUGGAGAAAGAGCUGCAGAGGGUUGAUAAGCUGGUGGAUGGAGCUGGGGACUUCUCUGAGUUCCUCAAGUGGCAGAAGGCCAUGAAGGCGCAGGACCAGGAGGAGUGGCGGGUGGCCGAGGAGUGCCGGAGGCUGCGGGGGAAGCUGAGCCGCGAGGAGGCGCUGCUGGCGCGGCAGCACCUGGUGCAGGAGAACAGGCAGAAGGCUGAGCAGAAGAAAGAGGAGACGGCAGAGCUGAUGCAGCAGUGCGCAGAGAGGCGCGUGCAGGAGCAGGAGGUGCUCAGGGAGCGUGUGGAGCAGGUGCAGGAGAUCCAGAAGAACAUCAAGGUGGUGCAGUCCCGGCUCCUGAAUGACCGGCAACAGACUGUCCAGAAGGUGGUAGAGGAGAGCCGGGAGCUGCUGCAGCGCCGUGCAGAGGAGGCGCGUGAGGAGCACCGGCAGCGCCGAGAGCUCACUGCCCAGCUGCAUGCCCUGGAGACGCAGCCCGGGCGCAGGAACAAGCUCGUGGACCUGACUCAGACCCCGGGGCACGGCCUGGAAGGGGAGAUGUCCCUGGUGGAGCUCCGUGAGCGGCUGGCGCUGCUCAAGGAGACGCAGCAGCGAGCCGAGGCGGCGCGGCGGGACGAGAUCAUCCAGGACAAGCGAGCCAGGAGCCGGGAUCUGCAGGACGCGCUGGAGCUCAUCGCCCUGUGCAGGGCCGCCCAGGGGCGCGUGGCCGCCUUGAGGUGGGAGGAGCAGAAGGCGCGCCGCCCCACGCCUCUGCAGGACGAGCGUGUGCGGGAGCUGCAGCGCGCGCUGCGGGAGAAGGCGGCCGAGCGCCUGCGGCUGGAGGCGCAGCUGCAAGUGCCGCCCGCGAACUCGCGGGCCGCGCGCCCCCGACGGCGGGCACAGCAGGAGGCGCGGCACUGGCUGCAGAUGGAGCGGAGCCGCAAGCGGGGGCUGCAGGCGCGGCAGGCGACGGACUCAGCGUGUGGGUCGCCACGCCGCCAGGAAGCUGCUUAG